AGCCACCACACACACUCAUUUUUCUCUUUCGCAGAAGCUCGAAACCCUUCGCUUCUGUUUUGUUCUGUUCAUCUAUGCUCUAUUAUUCAUUCUCUUUACACAUUCCAUUUUCAAUUCUCAAAUCGAAGAAGCUUCAAUUCAAUCAAUAACAAUGGCAGAAACUUUAAUGGUUGAAACCGAAACUAUUACCAAACAACACGAUCCAUUUCAGAGAAAAAUCGAAUUCAUACCUGUUAAAAAACCAUUCAAAGGCUUUUCCAAUGAUUUUAACAUCGAAACCCUAAACCCUACCACCUCCGAACACCGACAACUUGUUUCCGCUAAUAUUCAAUCAUCGCAGCCACAACCUUCCAAAAAUUCUGAAUUCUCCGAGUUUGGUUUGGAUCCGGAGCUCAGCCUCGGAAUUACCUUUCGCAGAAUAGGUGCUGGGCUAUGGAAUCUUGGAAACACUUGUUUUCUGAAUUCAGUUUUGCAGUGUUUGACGUACACUGAGCCUUUAGCUGCAUAUCUGCAAAGUGGCAAACAUAAAAGUUCAUGCCACAUUGCUGGAUUUUGCGCGCUUUGUGCAAUUCAGAAUCAUGUUAGCUGUGCGCUGCAAGCAACUGGAAGAAUAGUAUCGCCACAGGAUAUGGUUGGAAAUCUGCGGUGUAUCCUUAUGUCGUGUUUUUUCAAUGAGCAAUCAAGAUUGCUUGGUUUUAUUCAUAAGUAUCGUCUCUUGCCUCCACCCUGUUUUUUGUUAGAACUACUUCCCAUUUUAUUAGCUUGGUUACUUGUACUUCUUGACUUAAGAUUAGGCAUAUCACGCAAUUUCCGAAAGGCUAGGCAGGAAGAUGCACAUGAGUAUAUGGUGAACUUACUUGAGUCAAUGCAUAAAUGCUGCCUGCCUUCUGGAGUACCGAGUGAAUCACCUGGUGCUUUCGAGAAAAGUUUGGUUCAUAAGAUCUUUGGUGGUCGUCUUCGAAGUCAGGUGAAAUGCAGGCAGUGCUCUUAUUCCUCCAACAAAUUUGAUCCGUUCUUAGAUUUAAGUCUUGAAAUCUUAAAGGCAGAUUCACUGCAAAAGGCACUGGCAAAUUUCACAGCCGCAGAACUUUUGGAUGGAGGAGAGAAGCAAUACCAUUGUCAACGUUGCAAGCAAAAAGUGCAGGCUGUCAAACAGCUAACAAUUCAUAAGGCACCUUAUGUCCUAGCAAUUCAUUUAAAGAGAUUCUAUGCUCAUGACCCUAACAUAAAAAUUAAAAAGAAAGUUAGGUUUGACUCCGCACUGAAUUUGAAACCUUUCGUCAGUGGCUCAUCGGAUGGAGAUGUGAAAUACUCGUUAUACGGGGUCCUGGUUCAUUCUGGUUUUAGCACUCACUCUGGCCACUAUUACUGCUAUGUCCGCACUUCAAAUAACAUGUGGUAUACCUUGGAUGACACUCGGGUAAGUCAUGUCGGUGAACAGGAAGUUCUAAAUCAGCAAGCUUACAUGUUGUUUUAUGUUCGUGAUAAAAAAAGUAUAACUCCAAGGAAGCCUGUUAAUAUCGCCAAGGAAGAGAUUUCAAAGACUAAUGUUAUUGGAAGUAGAUAUCCUUCAACCCCAACCAAUGCACUGAAAGAUUAUCCAAAUGGUCAUGUGGAAAAUAAGUUUUGCGGGGUACCUUUGACUGCAGAAACUCAGAAAAAUUUGUUAAAUGCUGAUCCAUCAAGGAUAUCAGAUGCUUUGAUUCAGCAAAAAAAUAGUGGCAUUUUAGCAAAAAGCUUAAUGCAUAAUGAAACCCCUGUAUCUGAACGUACUUCCAAGGAACUUACACAGAUGAAUUCAUCAGACGAGCUUCCUGUUGCUAAAUCAGAACUUGAAUGUUUAUCAUCCUUAGAUCACUCUGGAAAAGACAACGUGUCUGGUAAUCAGAAAUGUUUAGUUGCACCAGCUGGAGACAAACCUAAUCUGUUUACUGAGGAUACCCUUUUAAAAGAGGGUGUUGAUUCUCCUUUAGUAGAGCCAAUCGUGAGUAAUCCCCAAACUUUUAUUGGUAAACAUGCUAGUGACAGAACAUCACCGUCUGAUGAGAAAAAUUCCCCCGCUGAAGUUGAUGCCGUUGCAGCUCAAGAUUCAGUCACAAAUUUGUCAGAGCACGCUGGCCUUGUUGGAACUUCAAAUGCAGUUGUUCCUCAGGGAUUGGUUCUUAAAGUUUCAUCAAAAAGAUCCUUGAAAGACUCAAGUCUUGAUCAAAAGCAAGUGAAAAAAUCAAAAAAGAAGUUUCCAAAGUACAAGGGAUCAAUUAUGCAACUUAGCUUGAUCCGCCCUUCGAUGAGAUGCCUAGGCCCGCGGAAGAAGAAUCACAAAAAAAAUAGACGCUGCUUGUUGGGUUUGAAGUAUCAUAGUAAAGAAAAGUUGAAAAAAAAUGCCAUUUCAUCAGAUGUUGGACCAUCUAUAUCAAGAAAAGAACAUUUACGUUCUUCUCUGAUGAAGCAUGAUGCUGAACGAGAGAUUAUAAACAGGAUGGAUCAAAACUGUGCUGUGCUUGCAACAGCUACACAAGUAGAAAAUAUGUCCCGAUGUAGUCUACAAGAUGAUAAGAGGGAUCAAAUGCAGAAUACUGUUGUGACUCAAGGUCUAGAGGAGACAGUUGUUGCUCGUUGGGAUGAUGUGGAAUUACCUUCAUCUCAGGCCUUGGAGUCAAAGACCGACCAGAUUGCUCGCAUUGGAUAUGUUGGGGAUGAAUGGGAUGAGGAAUAUGACACAGGAAAGAGAAAGAAGUUAAGGUGUUUGAAGCAGAGUUUUGGUGGGCCAAAUAUUUUUCAAGAAAUUGCUACCGAGAAAUCUAAGUUAAAAAGGGCAAAAUUAGACCAUUCUAGCUUCAGAAAUCAUCCUCCAAUCAGAAUAUAACUUAACUCCAACUCUGGGUUUCUUUGUAACAAUUAUUGAUUUGUCAAACACUGGAGAUGUUUUGAACAGAGCACCUAAAUUUUGUUGGCUGCAUCAUGUUGGGACCGAUCCAUAGAGGUUUAUUGUCUUUUAUGGGUUUCCGGUUAGCAGAUUUCUCAAUUCAUAGUUCAGACAACUAUUAGCUUCAUGAUUGAGAAGUGAAAAAUGAACCGAUUGUGUUUGUUUGUAUUAGCUGCAUGUUGUAGCUCAAGUUUUGUUCUUGAAUAUUAUUAUUUAUAGAGUAACUUUUUGUACCUUCUAUUGAAUCGGUAAUUGAAGGAAAGUUGGGAAAUAAAUUUGUUUAUGCAAAGCAUAAUUUAUCGAA